AGACACAGACAAACACAAAGAGAGCACAUCGAGAGCGCUUUAUGAGAAGGCAGUGUGAUGUAAACAUGGAAUAAAAAAACAUUUCCCAGCUUCCUGGCGAUUAUGGAGAGAGAUUCGGAGAGAUUUUCCAAGUGUGGAUGAGAGCCGUGUUUCGUUUCAGCGGAGUUCUUCUUUCGGUUGACAAUAGUGAAAUGAAACGUGGGCUUUUUCGAGCUGACCCAGCGGACAAGUGGAGAUCUUUCGUGGACAAAGCAGGAAACACUCGAAGAUGUUGCCUUUUUUGAGGUGGCUACUCUCUGCUGUACCGUGGUUCCAAAUAGACUUCUGGUUGCCACAUCUCAACAGGUGAGGCCCAUUGAUCUAGCGCUUCUGCACGACCUCUCCGUCCCUCGCCACCAGACUCCUCUGCUAAAAGCUGGCUCCCCUCACGUCGAUGGCCAUGGCCUCCACUGGCCGACUGCUGGGUCUGGCUGAGCUGGGGCUGAAAUGUGACCAGGAGAUUGAAAGGCGAUAUGAGAUUGUGCCCUCUGUGGUGUGCUCCAUGAGCUGCCUCUUUGGAAUCAUCUACUGCUUCUUUGGCUAUAGAUGCUUCAAGGCCGUGUUGUUCCUCACAGGCCUCAUGUUUGGCUCUGUGGUCAUCUUCAUGCUGUGCUACAAAGAGAGAGUGAUGGACACUCAGCUCAGCAUAGAGGCAUCAGUGGGCAUCGGUCUUGGUAUCGGGACCUUGUGUGGCCUGGUCACCAUGUUGGUUCGCAGUGUCGGGCUGUUCAUGGUGGGGCUGCUGCUGGGCCUGUUGGUUGGCGUGGCUUCACUGGUGGUCAUGGAGGAGUUUUACCAUCCCAAAACAGUCUGGGUUCCUCUGGGAAUUCUCUUGGGCUCCGGAACCCUGUUUGCUGUCCUUACUCUUCAGUGGCAACGCUGCUUCGUAACUUUGUCCACAGCCACCUUCGGCUCCGCCAUCAUCACGAUCACAGUGGAUUAUUUCAUAGAGCUGUUUGCGAUGGUCAACUAUGUGUACGAGAGACUCAAGGUGGCACCCAAGAAGCCAGUGUGCUGGUUCACAUGGGUCAUUAUGGGGGUGUGGCCUGUCCUGGCCCUGCUCGGAGUGCUGAUUCAGUGGAAAGUCACAGCAGAGGGGUUUUCUCACACGGAAGUGGUUCUGAGUCGACAACAAAGGCGAGUCCAGCUCAUGCGCAUCCGGCAGCGAGAAGAGCGGCUCAAAAAGGAGAACGAGAACAAGAAGAAGAAAAAACAACAGACGCAGAAGAGCAGCCAGAAGCAGAAGGCCCACAGCCUUCACCACCAGCAGUACCACCACCCGGGGACGUCGAACCCUCAUCACCCGGCCCGCAGCUCGCAGACCCCCAAAAUACCUCCCUCGCAGACGGAACCCGGCUUCCAUCGUAAGCCCAACCCCAAAAAGCGCUUUGAAGGAGACGUGCUAUCACCGAGCUACAUCCGCAGUUUCAGGGACAGACAAACGGACAGACGAGCGUACUCCCAGAGUCGAAUGAUGAGCCGCUCCAGGAUGGCUGAACUUGACUAUGACUGCGGCUCCCAAGUACCCCUCACAGCACCCUCUGGGCCGCCGGUUCGCAUCUGAUGCCUGACCAUGCGCACCCCCUCCUCUAAAACACACCCCAAUGACAAAAGGCUGAGUGUGUUGCCAAGGUGGUCGGGCAUGUGUCGACACGGCCUGUUUGCCUUUCCCGUUUAAAGCCACAAGAGAGCCGGAACUGCAUCACAAGAUGAGGAGCUGCAUGUCACGUCUGCUGUUCUCUAGGUUGAAGUUACAGGAGGCGAGAGAGGCAGGAAGCAUGGACUUGCCCAGUGCAACUUUUAAUUUAAUGUCUGAACUUUUUUUUUUUUUCCCCAAAGAGUCAUGUUUGGCGGCUUCGAGGGAAGCUGCCACCUUCAGAAGUUGCCUCAGCUGAAAGAAAGCGAAAGGAGGAAGUUUAUUUCCUGCUCGUGUUUUCACUGGAAUAUUUAAUUGUCCCCUCUUUUGCACUCUCCCUCUGCAAGAUGUUGUCAUCUCAUUUGUUGGCUGUUAGGUGUAGUCAUCACUGGCACUGGUCACUACAGUAGUCCAUUGCACAAACAUGUACUUUUUUUUUUGCUUCAUUUAAAUUGUAAACUUAUGUUUGCCCUUUUCCUUGUUAAUACAUUGGAACAUUAUGGAGGGAAAUUUGUGUCUUUUUAUCCAAUCAAACGAAACAAAAGUGGAAAUCAAAACAAUUAUUUGCAAACAAAAAAAAUACUGAAAAUUUAAAAAAAAAUUAAAAAAAUAUAACAAUUAACAAUAAAAAAAAUAACUAAUAAAAUAACAAUCAAAUGUUAGGAAAAUUUUAGGAAAUGCAAUCAAAAUUGUUAUUUUCAUCAGAACAAUUUCUUGAUUAAUAUUAAAGAAAGGCAGCAUUUAUAAAAAAUAUAAUUGGUAAAAAAUAAUGUUUGCAAAUCCAUUUUUUUUGCAAAUAUUUUUUUAGAAUUUCAAAUCCAUUUUUUGUUUGAUUUAAUACUGUAAGACACAAACUUCUCUCCAUAGGACACAGAGUCAGCAACGCGUAGUGUGCUUUGUUUGCACGCUCAAUUUUGCAGAACGAUACGGUACAGGCAGACUCUCUUAAAGUUUGCAAAGUGCAAUAUUGUACGAAAACCAAGGCAACAUUUUCGCCAAAAACGGAAUCAUACGAAAACCGAGGGUGGAGCAUAUGUCUUUCUCUUCUCUUUCUAUUCUGUAAUUCUGUUUUAAACAACAAGCACACAGGAAAUGGUUGUCAUAUACCGGCCCCAAAAGGAAAUAGGCAACAUGCAAUGAAAUGUGCUGCAGCGUUGGUGCACACACACAAACUGUGUGGCCGCGAUGGAUCGUACCAAAUACUGACUAAAGCUAGGGGGGUUGUUUACAAUGUAUAUGUAAUAAUGUGAGGGCUUGGUUCUACUUUUGUGCGGUCAAUACACUGGUAAAUGGAAUCUAUAUAUACAGUACAACAUAAUGUCAUCACGCAUGAGAAUGAAGUUGAUGAUGGAGGCUGUGAGAGGGAAGGAGUUGCAAUGGCGCCCUCUUAUGUUUACAACUGGACUGUGUUUUGUUUUUGUUUUUUUUAUUUUUAGGUUUUCUAAAUUCUUGUUCUGGGUACCAGACAAUGGACAUGAUAUGUUUUGUUGUAUUUUUUUUUAUAUUUUUUGCCAUCCACUGCUUAGUAGCUAUGACCAUUUAAUUGUUUGUACAUCUUGUAGAUGUUUUCAGAUUGCACUGAGGUCAAUGCAGAAGUGCUACAAAAUAUCUUGCAGCGGUGUAAAAGUUGCACAUCUUUGAGGGGCACGUUGUGUUCGUCCGUGCAUGAGAGUCCUUGUCCAACUGUUGUGUUUUCCUGGUGUCGAUGUGUCUCCGUGCAACGUGUCCUCGUAAGAAUUUAGCAGAAAUGACGCAACUGGAACGCAAUGUUAACGUUCAAAUUUGACGGUUUCCGUCAAUCGGCACUCCGAAAAAAACAUGGCGGUCGCGACAGAUUGAAACUCAGGGUGGGCAAUACUGUCAGUUUUGGUAUGGAUUCGAUACCAAGUGAAUGCAGGGCCAGUAUUGCCGAUGCUGAUACACAAUUUUUCCGUUGAGGGAUUUUGUGAUUUUUUUUUUUAAACGUCUUUGUGAACUUAGAAAGUGUUAAUUAAUUAUAUAAAAUAAUUAAUACUAAACAAUAAUAAUAAAUUAUACACAAUUGUAAAAAUAUUAAAUAAAAACUUUAACAAUAAUACAAAAAAAUUGUAAAACCUCAAAAAUGCAAAUAAAAUUUAUAAUUUCAUGAGAAUCAUUUUAAAAUUUGUAAACAAAAGCAGCAUAAAAAAAUGAAUGAUUUUAAUCUUAUUUGUGAACUUUGAAAUGAAAAAAUAAUGUAAUUAGUUAAUUACAUUACAUCAAUUUUGGAUAAUCAUUAAUAAUAAUAAAAUAUACUAAACAUAAUUUUAAAAAAUAAUAAAUAUUUAAAAAUAUUUUUUUUUGCAGAACUUCAGAAAAUGCAAACAAAAUUGUUUCAGAACCAUUUUUAAAUUUGUAAACAAAAGCACAUUUUAAAAAAUUAUUUGGCAAUUCUUUUUUUUCAUUAAUUUCAAAUUUCUGGCCCUUUUUUUUUUAUUAAUUUCAAAUCCAUUUUUUGUUUGGAUAAAAAGACAAAUUUCUCUCCAUUGGGCAAGUGAGUCAUCAACACCUAAGUUCAUAUUUGACAUAAAACUAAAUUCUUAUGAGGAAAGGCGAUUGCUUUGUGUUUUUGUUGACUUGUGGCAUCCAAAUUGCUUUGUGGGUCUUCAAAUUCAUCUCAGUGUAGUUCUCCCAAAUAUAGAAAUAUAUGUAAAGGACAAAACGUUGUCUCCAUGAGGUCUCUUCUCACGUCUGUGUUUAACGUGUCCAGGAAAAGGGCUUUGAAAAGGCAUGAAGUCAUGUUGUAUUCAAUGUUUGUCAUGUAAUUCAUUGUCAGAAUUUUGCAUUUCUGUCUUCUUUUGCUGGACUCCUUUUUAACAUGGCUUUGUGUUGUAUUGGGAGACAUAUUGACAGGCCUUUUAAAAAAAGAACUAGCAAAGAAGACUCAUUACUUUGUUGAAUCAUUAUCUGCAGUCCUUGCAGAAUAUGCUGAGGUAGCGCUUUCAUUGUAGAUAUUGAUCUGUAAAUACUUUUUAAAUGUAUUGUAUUGAACGUUCGCUUGAUGUUUACGCCAUGGUCUUGUCGAUAUUUUUUUUUUCAGUCAUUUCUUUUCAGGUGCAGUAGAUCUUUUCUAAAUUGUGUUAUUGCCGAAUGUUCAAGUAGUUUCUUUUUAUUUGGGGAGCGGAGAUGAGCCUGUGAUGAGACACAGAGUCAACUUACCGCCACCCCUUCAAUAUUAUUCAUAUGAUUUGUAUUAUUAUUAUUAUUAUUAUUAUUAUGAUUGCGCAUGUCUGUAAAUGGACCUAUGAUAUUAUUAAACAACAUACAUGGAAUUCUACAAA